CGCCCUGGACCAGACCGUCACGGGGGCUCCGCUCGGAGCUGGAGAGGCACGGGCCCGAGCUGGGGCGAGGUCUCCCUGGCAGCCCCGGGGUGCCCCGGAACGGAGGAUUCGGCGUGGAGGACCGCGCCCCGGCUGGAGGCGUCCGCGGCCCCGCGAGAGCCGGCUACGCCAGUAGCCAGUGGCCUGAUGGACACCUGGUGUGGAUGAUGAAGGAAGAGCGCACCUCCCACACCCGAGAGGUGACCCCGGAGCAAGCCCCGGAUGACCCUGAGAACAGGAGCGAUGCGGCUGGCCUGCAUGUUCUCAUCCAUCCUGCUGUUCGGAGCUGCAGGCCUCCUCCUCUUCAUCAGCCUGCAGGACCCCACGGAGCUCGCCCCCCAGCAGGUGCCAGGAAUAAAGUUCAACAUCAGGCCACAGCAGCGCCACAACGACCUCCCACCAGGCAGUUCCCAGAAUGGUGACUUGAAGACACCCACAGAGAGGGCCACUCGAGACUUGUCCAGCCGGGCCCCAAGAGGCCUCAACCUGCUGGUGCCAGAUCAGCCUCAACCUCGCGUAAACAGGGGGGCCCGUCUGCGACCACGGCAGCGCCGCCGCCGGCUGCUUAUCAAGAAAAUGCCGGCUGCGGCGGCCAUUCUGACCAACAGCUCAGCCAGCACGUUCGUCCAGCCGGCACCCGGGGCCCUGGACAGCUACUGGGUCAGCCUGCAGCGGCGUCAGCAGGAGCGCAAGCGAGUGAUGCAGGAGGCGUGCGCCAAGUACCGGGCAAGCAGCAGCCGCAGGGCGGUCACGCCCCGCCACGUGUCCCGCAUCUUCGUGGAGGACCGCCACCGCGUGCUGUACUGCGAGGUGCCCAAGGCAGGCUGCUCCAACUGGAAGCGGGUGCUCAUGGUGCUGGCGGGGCUGGCCUCAUCCACCACCGACAUCCAGCACAACACCGUCCACUACGGCAGCGCCCUCAAGAGGCUGGACACCUUCGACCGCCAGGGCAUCCUUCACCGCCUCAGCACCUACACCAAGAUGCUCUUUGUUCGCGAGCCCUUCGAGAGGCUGGUCUCCGCCUUCCGCGACAAGUUCGAACACCCCAAUAGCUACUAUCACCCUGUCUUCGGUAAGGCCAUCCUAGCCCGGUACCGGGCCAACGCCUCUCGGGAGGCCCUGCGGACAGGCUCCGGUGUGCGGUUCCCCGAGUUUGUCCAGUACCUGCUGGACGUGCACCGGCCCGUGGGCAUGGACAUCCACUGGGACCACGUCAGCCGGCUCUGCAGCCCCUGCCUCAUCGACUAUGACUUUGUGGGCAAGUUUGAGAGCAUGGAGGACGAUGCCAACUUCUUCCUGAGCCUCAUCCAUGCACCGCGCAACCUGACCUUCCCCCAGUUCAAGGACCGGCACUCGCAGGAGGCACGGACCACCGCGCGGAUCACCCACCAGUACUUCGCCCAGCUCUCGACCCUGCAGCGGCAGCGCACCUACGACUUCUACUACAUGGACUACCUGAUGUUCAACUACUCCAAGCCCUUUGCAGAUUUGUACUGAGGGGCAUGGGCGACCCUGCCUCACCCACUCACCUGUUGGCAGGGGGCAUCCCACUCCUCAUAGGUCCUCACCUGGGAGCUGAGAUGUACCCAGAGAAACAGGGCUCUGAGGAGGUGAGGAGCCGUGGCUGCUGGAUGGUGCAGGAGCUUCAGGGGGGACAGAGGCCCAGGCCUUGGAUGGGGACCCUGGCCCUUGCCCCAUACCCACUUCCUCACUCCUCAAAUAAGGAAGAUGCUGGUGGUGGGUGAGCCGAACACCCCAGGAGUCCCAGCUGCCCAUAUCCAGCUCGGCCAAGAGUCAGGAUGACCAGGAAAGUCUGAGGCCCAGAGGACAGGGGCCCCAGCCGUAAGGGAUUUCCCGCAGUCCCUUAGCCAUUGCCUUGUACCAAACCACACGGUUUGCAGCUUUUCUAAGACCAAGGGGGAAGGGUCCCUUGGGAUGAGUUUCCAAAUAAAGCACAUGGUUUCCAGAGCA